CAUAUUUGAAUACUAUUUCCUUUUUUUGUCCCACUUGAUUUUCUCCAUUACCAUUACACUAUUCUUCCACUUCAUACAUCUCCAUUUUCUCUCUUAAUUCUUCCAACUCAUAAUUCUUAUUUUGCCUCUAAACCCAAAAUUCAUCAUCAUUAUUAUUAUAUAAUUUAAUUUAAUUAAUUAUUUUAUCUUCUUUAAUUAUUUCUCCAUCAUUAAAUCUUGCCAUUUCCAGCUCCAAUUUUAUCCAAUUUGAGGGUACUGGAUUUCGUCUCUACCCACAAAGUAAGGGUAAUAUCUGCGUGCAUCCUGCCUUUCCCAUACUCCACUUGUGGGAUCACACUGGGUAGGAAAUAAUAACAAGUGGAUGGUUCUGGUUCGAAGAUAAAAUUUGGUCCAACCCUAGGGAGUAAAGCACUUCUUAUCAAAGGCAACUCCAUUUCGAACCAGAGACCUUGAGAAUGGAGAUGUUAAUCUGAAGCAAACUCAAUGUCCAUUGUGGUGGAAUGAGUUCAAGUCCAGACAUCGAGCUUGAAGGAUGAAGGGAGGUUUGAAGGUGUCACAGAUCUCUCUCAUCCUUAUUGGAUUCGUAUGUGCUACCAUUCUUCUUUUGGCGUAUGUGAAAAGCCUAUUUCUUUCUUCUUCACUACUACCUCAGAAUCACGUCUUGCAGCUUUCUCCAGAUCUUAGAGUGAAAGAUGAAGACGCUUUGGGAGAAGGAAGCGGAUCCGAGCAAUCAGUAGACAGUGUUAUCCUUGAAUCUGAGAAAUAUCCUACUUAUACCAACUCUUCACCAGUAAUUAAGGUGACUGAAGAAUUGGUUACUCACGAAGAAAUAGGAGGUAUUGUUCCCAACUUUACUGAAAAUGGAGAUCUAAAAGACGUUUCAGACAAAAAAAGUGGUUCGAUAGAGCAGCUUACUGAUGUUUCCACUCUUGUGAACUCUGGCAAUGAACAUAGUGAAAAUUUGACAAUUACCCCGGAAAGACGAGAUUGCAACUUAGCUAAAGGCAGAUGGGACAUAGAUGAUAGCCGACCUUUAUAUUCUGGAUUUGGCUGCAAGCAAUGGUUGUCAUCUAUGUGGGCUUGCCGCUUGACACAACGUACAGAUUUUGAAUAUGAAAAGUUACGUUGGCGACCCAAAAACUGCGAGAUGGGAGAGUUUACAGGUGUUAAGUUUCUCAAAAGGAUGCAAAACAAGACCCUGGCGUUUAUCGGAGAUUCGCUUGGUAGACAGCAAUUUCAGUCACUUAUGUGUAUGGUUACUGGUGGAAAAGAUAGACCUGAUGUUCGUGACGUGGGGCAUGAAUAUGGUCUUGUGCAAUCUCGUGGUUCUAAGCGACCUGAUGGAUGGGCUUAUCGAUUUCCAGAGACCAACACGACUAUCCUUUACUAUUGGUCUGCUAGUCUCUGCGACUUAACACCUAUAAAUCCAUCCGACCCUGCUACCGAUUACGCCAUGCACCUCGACCGUCCUCCAGCAUUUUUGAGUCAUUUCCUCCCGAGGCUCGAUGUCAUUGUUCUAAACACAGGACAUCAUUGGAAUAGAGGAAAACUCAAGGCCAACCGAUGGGUCAUGUAUGUAGACGGUGUUCCUAAUACAAACAAGAAGACCGCGACUAUUGGUGGUGCCAAGAAUUUUACCAUUCACAGUAUUGUCAAUUGGGUGAACUCACAGCUACCGAAAUACCCUCACGUAAAAGCAUUCUACCGGUCUAUUUCCCCUAGACAUUUCUUCAACGGAGAUUGGAACACCGGAGGUACCUGUGACAACACUACACCACUUUCCGAGGGGAAGGAAGUUCUACAAGACGAAUCAAGUGACUACGAUGCAGCGCGGGCUGUAAGAGGCACAUCCGUUAAGCUUCUGGACAUCACGGCUUUAUCUCAGCUGAGAGACGAGGGUCAUAUAUCUCGAUACAGCAUCAAAGCAACACCAGGAGUCCAGGAUUGUCUGCAUUGGUGCUUACCCGGUGUUCCGGAUACAUGGAACGAAAUCCUUUUCGCUCAACUUUGACAUACCUUAACUCGCAAACGACUUCAUCUGCCAUCAGAGGAACGCGAGUCGCCAAAUAUUACAUGAAUAAUGUCAGGUGAGGCGGGUUUUUUUCGUCGACGGAGAGAUACCAUCCAACAACUUGUAGAACUAAUACACAUACAGGGAACUGUAGAUGCUGCUCUGCUAUAUGCUAAAGAAUAGUUGUAUGCAAGAGCCUUGAUUGUAUACUAUAUAUUCUACUUGAUUUUUGUACUAUUUAGAUAUAUGAGAAAACUAUCCAAGGUUAUUUAUCUGUUAA